UCUUCAGAAACAGAAAGGGACUGUAAAGACAAUGAUGAAAUGGAGCCACUAGAAGAGGAAGAAGAAGAAGAAGAAGGAGAAGAAGAAGAAAAUGUAGAUGAAGAAGAAGAACCGCCCAAAAAGAGGAAGAAGAAGAGAGCGAAGCGUGGACCCAGGGGUUUAUGGAAACAAGAUCUUGUUGACGAUCUGGUUGAUAUAAUUAUUACUAAUGAUUACUACCAAAGAAAGCUAAUUUUUGUAAACACCAAAAAUCAGUAAAACGGAAAAGUCUACGAAAAAGUGCUCAAAGAAUUGAAAAGCAGGGCAGGGGGCAAGGGGAAUAGCGUCCCUUUCACUGUAGCCCAGGUGUGCACGAAGUUUAAGAAAUGCAUAAGCGAAUGCAAAAAAGCUGCAUUGACCAUCAAGACUGCAACUGGAGUAAAACGUUUCCAAGAGGAUAAAAAUUACGGAGUUUGGUUUGAUCGCCUGUUCGAAUUGGUCAAGACUCGCGAUUCAUGCCGUCCUGAUUUAGCAACGGAGCCUUUGAUGAACGUGCCCGUGACCGAUUGCAACGAUGACGUCGACAAUGAGGAUCAAGAUCUAGCUAAAGACCAUCCAAGUACACAGCUAUUUGUCCCAGUGAAGACCGCACCUAAAAAGAGAAAACGAAAAGGCGACAACACAGAAAUCCUGACCGAAGCUGUUAAUCUGCUAAAAACGGCAGUCGAAAACGAUGCAAGCAAGGAGAUGCUAGCUUUCCUCAAAGAAGACAUCGAAAAAUCAAGGGAACAUGAACUAAAACUGUUUAAAUUACUAUGUACCCAAGAUGGGUUACAGCAGCCAUCUUUCUAUCCUCGAGCGCCGUCGUACAAUCCCUAUAUGCCCCCCGUCGCCCCACCCUUUCGAACUGGUGUUAUGCCAGGAUAUGCCAGAAUGUAUGGUGGAGAGCCCACAGGAACACCACUCCCAGCCACAAGCACCGCCACAGUUACGAGUGAUCUAUCGCAUAAUAUCAUGUCUGAAAAUGCAAGCAGUUCUGAUGAGUGUCCCAUUAAUCGUGAUCUUUAA